GCUGCAUUUCAAGACGCGCUCGCCCCAUCGACAAACCGAGUGUGGGGCGACCUGAUUUAUUAUGGGUCUUGCGCUAUCCCGGCGGCGGCCAGGCUAGCCAGGUACCGCACCCCACACUUUGUCGGCGAUGGAACCAGGCUGCUGUUCUGACCUCAACGCGACAAAUCCAUCAAACCAGCAAGGCAGCAAAUCCACGCCUCGAACCGCCACCUUCAAACCGACCACCCAUCUCACCAAUACCGUCACCACCAGUAUUCCGACGUAGCGAACCCGAAGAACAGAUCCCACAGCAGACGACCAGCUCUGUGCGCGGGCGGCUCUGCACUAGCGCCACGCGCCCGGCGCCAUGUCAACUCUAGUUGAUGAGCUGCUGCAGGACUUCGAGGACUCGGCUUCCGAAAACGGCGGCGAUCGCUCCGAGCGCGGCGACGAUGACGGCUUGGGCGACGAGGAGGGCGCCGCCCUGAUGGGCGGCGGAGACGGCAUGAUGGAAAUCGACGCCAACGACAUGGCUAGCUCUGACGAGGACGAGGAGAUGGGCGGCGUCGAGCGCACCGACGACCCGGAGGAGAUGAAGGCCAAGGUCGACAAGAUGCAGCUGCGGGGCGUCGACGACAUCCGCACCGUUGCGACGCUCAUGAAGACACUAGAGCCUGUUCUCGAGAAAAUCACCUUCUACCAGUCGCAACCGGCCGAGUCGCAGACGGCCAACCUGGGCAACGUCGAGGACCACCCCGAGUACCACCUCCUGACCCAGUCCAACAGCCUCUCGACCCAGAUCGACAGCGAGAUUGUGCUAGUGCACAAGUACAUCAAGGAUCACUACUCGGUGCGCUUCCCGGAGCUCGAGACCCUGAUCACUAGCCCCCUCGAGUACGCCAAGGUAGUCGCCGUCCUCGGCAACGGUCCGCUGGAUGCCGACGGCAUCAAGGCCCUCCAGCUGGCGACCGACAACCCCCUGGGUGUGUCGCUCAAGUCGGUGCUCGACGGGCCAUCCCUCAUGAUUGUCACCAUCGGCGCGACCACGUCCAAGGGCCGCGAGAUGACGCCCGAGGCCCUCGCCAAGGUCGUCCGCGCCUGCCACAUGGUCAUCAGCCUCGACAAGGCCAAGCGCGCCCUGACCGAGUACGUCCAGUCGCGCAUGAACAUAUUCGCCCCAAACCUGACGGCCCUCAUCGGCUCCCUGACGGCCGCGCAGCUGCUCAACACAGCGGGCGGGCUGACAGGCCUGGCCAAGACGCCCGCCUGCAACAUCGCGGCGUGGGGCUCCAAGAAGGGCGCGGGCGCCAGCGGGUUCGCGACCAACGUGGGAGUGCGCCAGCGGGGCUAUCUCUACAACUCGCCCAUCAUCAAGAGCGUGCCACAGGACCUCAAGAAGCAGGGCCUGCGCAUCGUCUCGGCCAAGCUCAUCCUGGCCGCGCGCAUCGACUGCAGCCACGAGGCCCCCGACGGGUCGCAGGGCGACCAGCUCCGCGAGGCGUGCGAGACGCGCAUCGAGAAGCUGCAGGAGAAGCCGCUCAACAAGGGCGCGCGCGCGCUGCCGGCGCCCGACGACAAACCCUCGCGCAAGCGCGGCGGACGCCGCGCCCGCAUGGCCAAGGCCGCCACGGCCAUGACGGACCUGCGCAAGGCCCAGAACCGCAUGGCCUUUGGCAAGGAGGAGAAGGAGGUCGGCUACGGCACGGGCGACUCCACGGCCGGCCUGGGCAUGAUCGGCCAGGCCGCCGAGGGCCGCGUGCGCGGCAUGCAGGUCGACAACCGCACCCGCGCCAAGCUGACCGCCAAGAACAAGGGCUGGGGCGGUAUCGCCUCCUCGGCCGCCGGGCCCACCACGGGCGCCGCCUCGUCGCUCAAGGGCUUUGGCCAGUCGGGCGGGCUCGACCUGCGCGGCAGGGGGCUACGCGCCUCGGGCGUCGGCACCACCCUCGGCUCCGGCGGCACCAUGUCCUCACUCGCCUUCACCCCGCUGCAGGGGCUCGAGCUCGUCGACCCCAAGAUGCAGGCCGAGCUGGGCCGCAAGCGCAAGGCCGAGGAGGACCGCUGGUUCAAGGGCGGCACCUUUACCCAGAUUUCCGGCGGCGGCGGCGGCGGCCCGGCCGACGACGGCGUCUUCAAGAAGCCCGCCCUACCCGCCGCCAAGAGGUUAGACACGGGCGCCACCAAGUCGGGUAGGUGAAACCAACAAAAGUCUCGCCAUCAUACCAUGGAGCGAGGCGCAAUUUUUUUUUGUUACGUUGCUGCAAUAUCUGUAACCCGUAAAACAUUCCCAUAUCGAGUUCACCGGCGUCAAGGUGCGGGCGUAUUCUUCUUCAUCAGAUUGGCCUGAUUUGGCCACAUCGAGUGGCCUCCUUUUCAUGCUUGCUUCUCUCUUAUCCUGUUGUCGGUAUUUCCUGCAUGUCCACGGUAGACUUUCAGAGUGAGCUUUGGCGCGAAUUCAUGCAACCACAAAAUCAAGAAUAAUGCCACAAAUCGGCAUCAGCCAUGAUGUAUUACUGAAAUAGCACGUCAGAUCAGCAUAGAAAUCUUGUCCC